AUGGAGGUACGACAUGACUCAAAUGAUUUUAACAAGGAUGAAGAGAGUCCAAUCAAGAAGGAGCACAAGAGCAAAGAACUAGAUCAAUUGAUCUCUUUAAUCAAGGAAUUAGGAAAACACGAUAAAAAUGCAAGUGCCUCUAGAACAAACGACUCAUCUCAGAAUUGUAUGCCCCUAAAGAGCAUCCUUGAAAAUAUAAUUGAUUUCCUACAAAGGAAAGACACGAGUGGGCUGUUUGCUGCACCAACUAAUCUUGAUGUGGUGGAAAAUUACCAUAAAAUUGUCAAGCAACCAAUGGAUUUUGGUACCAUGAGAGCCAAACUUCACGAGGACAUGUAUACAAACUUCAAUCAAUUCAAGCGUGAUAUCUUUCUGAUAUGCAGCAAUGCAAUGCAUGCUAGUCCUAAGACAUCAAAAUAUCAUGAAGUGGCUAAACAUAUUAAUAGGUAUGCAAAGGGGAUAUUUGAGGCUCUGAAUGCGGACCUUGGACUUUUUCAUUCAGAACUUUCCCUCAACAAGAGAGGUCCAAGUACAAAGCAACAAAAGGAGAAAUUGAUCAGAACCCCACGAAGGGUUGCUACUAAAUGUGCUGGGAGAAACAAUGCUACUCACUCUACGGUACCUGAAACAGAAAAGAGGGAUAAGUAUUGGCCUCCAAGUAAGCCACUGGUUGCAGAAGUCCUAAAUGCUAAGAAGCCCAUCAUUCAAUUGAACGAAAAUGUAAGUAAGUACAAAGAGAGCCUCCUACGGUUUGUGAAGGAUUUAGGACCAACAGCUCAAAAAGUAGCAGCAAAAAGACUAGAAGUUGUUUCCCUUUCCCCAGUUGAGAAUGUGUCUUCCUUUCAUGGACCUAUUCAAGAGCCUACCAAUCAACUGCACUUAGGAAGUAGCAGAACAAGCAACACAAGACUGUGGAACACCUCUGCUGGUAUACAAAACAUGUUAGCCGCCGGAAUCUCCAGCAAUGCGUUUGCCUGCGUCCGUCCGACAAGCAUGAUCUCAGGGCCGCCUCAACCAAGGUUAUCAGGCAACAGAAAUAACCUUCCAGGGUCAUCACGCAAUCCAAAUCCAUGUCUUUUGUCUCAGUCAAUGGCAGAUUAUUCAGUUUCUUGCAUGCCAAGCAACAACCUCACUGAGCUACUACCUCUUAUGCAUCAGCCAAGGCCAAGAGAAUCAAUGUAUGCCAUGCCUAGCAAUAACCUUACAGGGCUAUCUCCUUUUCCACACCGAGCAAAUUCCGCGUCCAGGCUGAACCCCUUGAGGCUCUCUCCUCAUGGACCAGUUUCUCAACAGGAACAAAAUUCAUCAUUUCUACAAAUGCUCUUAGGAGGUGAAACCAAUAAUUAUGGAGGAGGAGGUGCUCAAAUAGGCCAGCCAGAAGAGGCUCCUCCACAGCUUCCUUUGGACAAUGAUAAUGAUCAUGAUGAGGUGCCUGACUUAGAACUUCACCUCUGA